AUGAAUAAAAAUAAAGAAUCUGGAAAGCAAACUUAAAAUAACAAAGCAAAUGAUUCUAAUUCAAAUAAAAACAAAGAAUUAUAAAAGCUUGUUUAAAAUAAUAAGCAUUUUGAAUUUUUAUCAAGUGGAAAAAUUAAAUGCAUUCUAACACAUCAUGAAAUCCUCCCAACUUUACAAGAAUUCACCAAUUAUUUAAAUGGUCGAAGCUAUAAAAACGCAUUAGAAAAUGAGAUUGAAUUUACUUAAUUUGAACCAUACAUUGUCUAGCAUAAAACUGAUAAAAAUAAACUAUUUUGUAAUUUAACCAGAUAAAAUAUUAGUAAAAAGAAAUCUGUUGUUCUCAAACACGUAAAUGGAAAGAGAUACAAAUAUUAUUUAUCCAAGUACCUAGAGGAAUAAGCCAAAGAAGAACAAGAAAAUUAAUAAGACAAUUAAGAAGAGGAAGUCUAAAAUGAAUUGGAAGAAUUGAAUAACUUAGUAAAUGAGGAAGAACAGGAACACUAACCAAAAAAAUAAAAAAGUGGUAUUCUAAAAGGAGGAAAGAAAAUUAAUAAAAAGAAGGUGAAACCUCAAUAAGAAGAAUAAAUAGAAAUUGAAUAAACAGUAUAAAAUAAAUCAAAAGUAUAAUAAAAAGAUGGUAAAUAAGUGAAAAAGUUAAAAAAUAAAUAAUAAAAAGGAUAAGUGGAAUGAAAUACGAUGACUUUAUUAUGUAUAAUAUCAAUGUAAUCUAAAAACAAUAUUAAA